GAGCGCCGUCGAGAUUGCUUGUCAGUUGUGGCGUUUAGCGGUGUAAACAAAAACAGCAGAAGCCGUGGAGGAAAUUAAAGGAGUACAUCCCAAGAAAAUGGCUCGUGGGCGGAAGAAAAAUAAGAUUGAGGAAGUGGAGAAGCCUCGAGGCUUCGAUCGGGCGCUGGAAUUUGAGAAAAUAGUCGGUUCCACCUUGGCUAAUGGGGAAUUCUUCUUCCUUGUAAAGUGGCAAAACUGCACGGAAUUGGAUUUGAUGACAUCGCAAGAGCUGAACGAGAGAAUUCCGCAAGACAUGAUAAAGUAUUAUGAAACUCAUGGCGAACUAAUGAAGCGAUUCAAGAAUCGCGUGAAGCUCGAGGGACGUGCAAAGGCAGCAAUGACUCUGCCGACAGAUGGGAAGAAGCCGAGCGACUCAGAUUUCACAGUCGAAGUCAAGGUGGAUAAUUCCGGAGAGGACGGCAAAUUUUCGAUGAAAAUUAAUAAGCAGGAGGCAAAAACUGAUAUUCCCAUGGAACAAUAAGCAUAACAAGAAUAAGAAUAAAGUGGAAAUCAAUCGUAGGAAUGGUAGAAUAGUUCAUU